GAGAAGGAGGUAGUGCUGGCCGCUGUCGCGGAGGAGGGCAUUGCACUCCAAUUCGCCUCGCCCGAGCUUCAGGAUGACCCAGAGGUAGUGGCCACCGCCGUCAAGCAGGACGCUGAUGCGCUGGAAUAUGUCUCCGAAAGGCUUCGUGGCAGUCGGGAGGUGGUGGCGGCCGCGGUUGAGCAGAACGGCGCUGUACUGCGAUUUGCCGCUCCACAUCUCUGGACCGAUCGGACGCUCCUCUUGGCAGCGGUACAGCAGGAUGGUCGGCUCCUGAAGCUCGGAGAGGGCACGGGCCUGUCAAAGGACAAAGAAGUUGUUCGAGCUGCUGUCGCACAGGAUGGUGAUGCCCUGGAGUUCGCAGACGAGGAGAUGCGAGCCGACAAAGAAGUUGUCUUGUUGGCCGUGUCCACCAGCGGCACAAAUCUCCAGCUCGCCGCCCAGGAGCUGCAGGACGAUCCGGAGGUGGUUCGGGCCGCCAUUAAGUUCGAUGGCCUUUCGCUUCAAUUUGCUUCCCUGCGGCUCCGGGCGGACAGAGAUAUGGUUCUGGCAGCCAUUUGUCAGAAUGGCUGCGCGCUCGAGUUCGCCAGCGAGGCACUCCGGCAAGAACGCGAGGUCGUUUGGCAGGCAGUAAACCGGACGCCACGGUCAUUGGCCUUGGCUUUGGGUGGUUUGGCUGAUGAUGAAGAGCUGGAGGAGCUCGCACGCGACGUCCGCUGCCGCAUUCAGGAAACUGGACGCUGA